AUGGAUACUGAAGAUAAUAGAACAGGUUACCGUUGUAAUACUGAUACAUUUGAUUCCUCGACUGUUGAUCAAAAUUCAUCAUCAUCAUCUCAAUCUAUUGAUUGUACUCCAACUGCUACAUAUCAAUUUGUAUCUGGAAAUACAAAUAGAUUUCUGAUUCAGGUUGAUAAUCAUUGGCAUUUAGAAUUUGAGGCAUCUUAUAAACAUAAUGAUACUUCUCAUCCUCAUCCGUAUAUUCUUCGAACACAUGGUACACGUUUAGAAAGUAAUACAUUAGGUAUUGGACAUUAUGAUAUUUCAUUGAAUCUCGUUCUUAAACGUUUACGAGAUUUUGAUAUCAAUGAUUUGAAAAGAUAUUAUCAAGCUAUUGAUAAAAGUAUUGAUUCUGAUGAAGAAAUUCAGGAUUUUCAUAAAGUUUAUCUUAACUUAUGUUGUAAAAUCAAUGGACAAUCAAUCUCAUAUCCAUGUAAUAAUGGUUAUCCAAUUAAUUUACCUAAAUUUAUUUCAAAUCCAUGGACAUCUAGAAAUACUUUAACUCGUUUCAGAUAUGAUGCAGAAAAUCGUGAUGGUACAUUUCCAUGUGAAAUGACAUUAUGUCUUGAAAAUACUAUUAAUUUACAAUCGUAUAAAAUUGUUCUUUGUCUAAUAACUAAUACAAUUCCAGCACGAAUGGAUUAUCACACGAUUCGAUGGAUAUGUAAAUUUAAAUCGCAAGGAUCAAAUCACUCUCAAAGAGAGAAAUCACACAAUUUAAAUCAUGAUUCCGGUAUUAUAGUUGCAGAUGUGUUUGGUCCAGAAUUAAAAUUCACUCCUCAAAUGCUUUCACCGAAUAAUCCGAAUUGUGUAAGAUCUUGUUUUCAAUCUCAAAAGUUUGCAGAUGAAUUUCCAAAUUCUGAUUAUAGAGAUAAUGCUGCAUUAGCUGUUGUAGUAACAAAAAUAACAGAUUAUCCAGAUCUUAUGAAAGAACGUAGAAGAGACGGAAAUAUUUUACGAUACUUACCAUUCAAUGAAUUAGACGAUGUUAAUAAUAAUUUAACAACAAGUGAUGCUACAAUUACUAAACGUCUCAAAAUUCAUAAAGAACGAUGUGUUAAACAACUUAUUUUCUUUGAUGAAAAUGAAAAUGGAACUUUUAGUCAAGCUCAUGUUCGAGUAUAUGUUGCUGGUUAUGAUAACCAUGACGUUUUAUUAACAGAAACAUUAUCUCCACCUUUACGAAAUAAUAAAAUAUUUGAACCAUUACAAAUUCGUAAAAUACCUCAGCCUACAACAGAAAUACGAGCAAAUGAUUCCGCAUAUGUUUAUUGUGACUAUGAUUAUUCAAAAUCAAAAUCAGAAUAUACCGUAUGUCCAUUUCAAUUCCAAUUAGUUUUUCAAGAUCCAUCAACUACAUUGAAUGAACAACUAUUUAAUAAACCACAUAUUUGUGUAAAUGCUUCCUAUGUAAAUAAUUGUCCUAAUCUACUUCAAUUUACAGUACCAAAUGUAGUACAGUUUGAUAGAAAACGAGUUUUUAUUCGACUACGACAUAUACAAUCCAAAGAUUAUAAUCCAAGUCCAAUAGCGUUAAAUGAUACCGAACUUUGGAUAUAUUAUGCAGAUCCAACAACAGUCGCAGAAUCGUUGGUACAAGAGUAUUUUAAUAGCAUCAUUCACCCUCAGCCAACAGGUUUAAUUCUGAAUGAGGGAUUAGAAAUCGAACCUAUUGAUUCACAAGAAGAUAGUGAAGAACUUAGUUCCAUUAUGAAUACACCUGAUAUUGAAUUGGAUCCGUGUAAAAGAUUUGAUUUUUCUAAUGGAUCUUUUCGACAAAAUAGCUCAUGA